AAUAACUUAUCAUUGUGUCGCAAUUUAUCAGUUCUCUAUCUGUAUGACAACUGCAUCGGUAGAAUAGAAAACCUCGGUUUUGCCGUCAACCUCACACACUUGUAUCUGCAGAAAAAUAAAAUCACAAAGAUAGAGGGACUAGAUAAUCUGAAAAGACUUUCAAAAUUGUAUGUAGUAUACUAAUGGCCCAACCGAUCUUUAUAAUUACCCAUUGACUACCUCCCCCCCCCCCACAGUCAGUGUUUUGUCAUGGCAGAUUCUGCUUAAAAAUCAGGAAAUUUUCUAGGCCUGCAUGCCACCAUGGGAUUAAAUAAAUGUAUUUUGUCAUCAUAUUAAAUUGUACUGGCAUUAGAGUCUGAGUGAGGAGUAAGUUUGUUAAGUAUUGAUGGUCUAAAUGUUAUAUUUUCAGGUAUUUAGGUCAGAAUUCCAUCAUAGUGCUGGAAGGCUUGGAGAGACUGGAAAAUCUCAGUGAAUUGCACAUUGAAAAUCAAAAUUUACCCUUUGGAGAGAAAUUAUUGUUUGAUCCACGAACGUUGAAAGCUGUUGCGGUAAUUUAUUCCAUAAUGACUUAUCGAUCUUCUGUUUUCCACAUCUUCUGAUCUCUUCAUUCCAUAAUGUCCAUAUAUGCCAUCUUAAUAAGUGUCCAUACCAUCUCAACCUUGCUUCCCUCAUCUUCUCUGCAAUGUCUACCACCCCACAUCUUCUUCUGAUCUCUUCAUUCCAUAAUGUCCAUACCAUCUUAAUAAGUGUCCAUACCAUCUCAACCUUGCUUCCCUCACCUUCUCUGCAAUGUCUACCACCCCACAUCUUCUGAUCUCUUCAUUCCAUAAUGUCUCUGACCAGCUCUCCUUUAUCUCUUCUUAUUACGUGUCCAUACCAUCUCAUUACGUCUCAAAUUGCUCAUUUGACUGGUAAUAUCCAGUCAACUCUCAUGCAACUCUUGUUCUCGUUUGAGAGUUGAGAAAACUCUCACGCAAACUCUCGUUUCUCAACUCUCACCCUCGUUUUGAGCAGAGCUUAAACGUAUAUUAUGCAAAUUUCUUAUACAGCCAUGUCUGAACGUUCUCAAUAUUUCUGGAAACAAUAUUGAAAGCCUGGAAGACUUACAUUGUCUAUCAAGUAUGAUUCAACUAAACGCUCAGAACAACAACAUCAGUGACACCAAGGUAAGACAGUCAUGCUAAUCGAUGUAUCUAGGACUAAAGGGCACUCACAGAAUGCAUAUCAUAAUCAUACCAUACAAGUUGUAAGAUUUUUCCUUGUGCAGAUUGCGUUAUUCUAGCUAGCUCAUCCUUUUAGCUUGUCUUUUACUAAGACAGCCAUUUAGACAGGUGAUCCGGAUGCAUCUUCAUGGCUGUGCCAUCUCAAUCAGAUCAUGUUUUAUUUUUUCACUGUAGGGUUUAGUGAAAGCAUUGAGUAUCUGGCCAGCAAUCAUUAAACUCGACCUGACAGGAAAUCCAGUUUGUGAAAAGAAGAAAUAUAGAGAUCGUGUUUUUGUCAUGUCCAAGACUUUAGGUAUGCUGUGUUAAGAAAUUCUUCAAAAAGAUGCGAUUGAAACUAGAAAAUCGAGGGGAAAGUUUAAGCUAAUUUUGUGUAAUUUGUGUUAAAGAACUCAUUAGUAAUUCAUGAGGAAAAGACGAAGAAAAUCAAUGCCAUGUCGGUGGUUUUUUAUGUGAUAAAAAAUCAUGUUCAUUGACUUUAAGCUGGUUUUCCACUAGGCGGAAUUUUGCGCGCGGAGCGGAAUUUUUCUUUGUCUUGUGAUUUCUCGGGUGGAACUAAUUAGAAAAGACAAAGAAAUAUUCCGCUCCGCGCGCAAAAUUCCGCCUAGUGGAAAACCGGCUUGAUAGAUAACGUUGUCUUUAAAAAUUACUUCGCCAAUGAACUCAUAAGAUGGGUCGUUUUUAAGCCAUUUAAACGGACUCACAGUCCAUGCUUAUCAGAUAUAAAAUACUCUGCUAUCGCCUCGUGUUUUAUAUCUGUACUCGUAUCGGACAGUUGCUAUCCGAAAGUUAUCCGAUAUAGUUUCAACGUAGCCUAAGUUAAAAGCAAAAUAGGGUUAUUGCCAGGUCAGACGAGGAAACUUUUAACGAGAGUGUCAAGAUAACGUAUGAAAAUAUUCAAGCCAACACCUUUAUAUCUGUAGUGAUGCUUGAUGGCAAGGAAAUCAGUGCUACAGCGAAGAAAUUUCUUCUAAAUUGGAAAGCGAAUCGCGAGGCGAGAAAACGUCAACUGUUGGAAAAAGAGCGACGUAAAGAAGAUCUUGACAAAGUUUCAAAAUCUGAACCCGACAUGAGUACGAUAUAUUUCCAGGCUGUUCCUCCUGUACUACCACAACUUGCUACAGGCUUCUCGGGGUCAUAUCCACGCAGAAUAUCGUCUGGUACCACGUUCACCAGUAAUAUAUCUGGAUCCAGAAUACCACAGAAUACCAGGUGAGGAAUGCAAUUGUUUUCAAUGUCGCGUUUUAGCGUACCUAUCAAAAUUACUUUGUUUUAGAUUUCUUCUCUAGUUUAUACAUUUGUAAAGAUUUCACUUCCACCGCGUCUCGUAGGCCUAAUUACUAAUACUAAUUUGAUUGGUUAAUCGAGUAGACUAAAUGCAUUUAAAAAUAAACUGCAAUUACUGUAAAACUAAAAUGCAUCUUUGUUUUCAGACUGCCAAGCAUAUUUUCCUCUCAACAACAAUUGCCGACGCGAGGUCAGUCUUGGACAUCAGAGGGAGCCAGGCCUCCAUUGCCUUUACAAACUGUUCAGUUUUGA